UUUCUAUAGCAUUGUGCUGUUCUUACUUCUUUAUCCCUUUAUCAAAACUAUAACUAUUCAAUCCUGCACCCAUAUCUAUGAUCAUAUGUAAAGCAAAAAGUGUUGCCAAACUCUAAAAAAAAAUAGGUUUCGUCCUACGUUUUUUCUAACAACUGUUAGGAAAAACGUUACUCUAAGAAUAGUAGUAUCGACGCACAGGGGUACGACUUACGAGGGAGUGGAGUUUACGGUUUCCACUGGGUGUUUUCAAGUGAAACCACAUUUUCUUCCUCAGCUCAGGUUGCUAGCUUGAGGAAAAAAUUCUUUGAUUCUACUGCACCUGGUGGGCUUGCCGAACCUUGACGACCUUCCUGCUCAAAACUGAUCUAAGAAGGAAGGAGAAAUGGCAGAAAGUGCAUUCAGCCUAGUUAUACAAAAUUUGGUCCCGUUGUUAGCCCAAGAAGCGAAAUUGCUUAAGGGUAUCCAUGAAGAAGUUAAAAAUAUCAUACGUGAAAUGGAUAUGAUUCAAUCUUUCCUUAAGGAUGCUGAUAUAAGGGCCGAAAAGGAUCACAUGGACAAUGUAGCAAAGACAUGGGUGAAACAAGUGAGGGAAGAAGCUUAUCACAUAGAAGAUGUCAUUGAUGAAUACAUACUCAUUUUCCAAAACAACCUCAAGGGCAAAGGCAAUGCUUCUAUUUUCUCCGUAAGGUUUUUCACAUUAUCAUAAACCUAAAUGCACAACAUGUGAUAGCCUCUGAGAUUCAAGGUAUCAACAGGAUGCUCGAGAAUAUCAAAAAGAGUGGUGAAAGAUAUGGCUCCAAUGUCAUAGAGCAAAGAAGAUCCAAUAGUGAUGCUAUAAGUGAUACAUGGCAUGAUCCUCCAAUGGCCUCCCUACUCAUUGAGGAAGCAGAGGUUGUGGGCAUUGAGUCUCGUAGAGAAAAAUUGAUAAAUUGGUUGGUAGAAGGUCCAUCUAAUCGCAUGGUGAUUUCAACGGUUGGUAUUGGUGGGCUUGGUAAGACCACUCUUGUAAAAAAAUUGUAUGAAAAUGAUAAAGUGACAGCACACUUUGAUUGUCAUGCUUGGAUCACAGUGUCUAAAUCAUACAAGAUGGAGGAGCUAUUAAGGAACAUGAUAAAGCAACUCUACAAGGCAAAGAAGCAAUCUAUUCCUGUGGAAAUUGACACAAUGGAACAAGCAACACUAAUGGAGCAAAUAAGGCUAUAUUUACAUGAGCAUAGGUAUGUAGUAGUUUUUGAUGAUGUGGGGAAAAAAGAAUUUUGGGAUUACAUAGAACUUGCUUUACCUAAAAAUGAAAAGGGCAAUAGAAUAUUAAUCACAUCUCGAAAUAAGGAUGUUGCUCCUUCUAAUUAUUUGUAUAAACUACCAAUUCUACCUUUAGAAAAAGCUUGGGUGCUCUUUUGCAAGAAGGUGUUCCAACGUGAAGGGGGACUUUGCCCCCCUGAGUUAGUUAAGUUAUCAUGUGCUGUUGUUGAGAGAUGUGAAGGAUUUCCACUAGCAAUUGUUGCUAAAGGGGGUCUUUUGUCAACCAAAGACAAGGUUAUUGAUGUAUGGCUCAAAUUUCAUAAUAGUCUUAGUUCAGAGUUAAAAAAUAAUCCUGAUCUACAAGAUAUUUCCAAAAUUCUAUCCCUUAGUUAUCAUGAUCUAUCUUACAACCUCAAAGUUUGCUUAUUAUAUUUUGGAAUGUUUCCUAAGGACUACUACAUUAAUUGUGCAAGACUAAUUCGACUUUGGAUUGCAGAAGGUUUUGUAAAAGAAAUGCAAGGGAUAACAUUGGAAGAGGUUGCACAAGGCUAUUUAAACCAACUUAUUCAUAGAAGCUUGGUUCAAGUGAAUGUAGUCGUUUCUAUUGGCAGGACUAGAAGUUGUUGUAUUCAUGAUAUGAUGCUUGAGGUCAUUCUUUCUAGGUCAGAGGAGUUGGGUUUUCAUUGGUCUCAAUGCAGAACUACACAAAUUUUAAUAGAAUUGCCCGACGUCUCUCAAUUUAGAACAAUGUAAAAACUCCUUCAUAGAGUGCUACUACUUCCCAAACUCGUUCUAUUCUCAUUUUGGGGUUAGAUGAAAUACCCAAUUCUUUUCUAAUGACUUGUUUUGCAAAUUUCAAGCUCAUGAAAGUAAUGGAUUUUGAAGGUGCUCCUAUCAAUUGUAUUCCUAAAGAAGUGGGAAGCCUAUUCCAUCUAAGAUAUUUAAGCCUAAGAGAUACAAAAGUGCAAAUGCUUCCAAAGUCCAUAGGAAAAUUGCUCAAC